AUGAUUUUCAUAUGUGCUAUAUUAACGAUCUUUACAUCAACAAUAGUCUUUGCUCAAGAUGACUAUAAAUUCAUAAAAUGUGCAGAUUUUCCACAAAGCAUUUGUGGCACAUACGCAAAAUGUUUUGAUGAUGAAAAUGACCCUAAAGUUCAAGAAUUCGGUGGACCAUAUUGCAAGUGUGAUGCUGAUACUUACGAAAAGCCCUCAAAUUGUAAUUCUUAUUGCUCAGAGGCAUGCAAAUCUGAUAAAUAUUGUGACAUUACUGAAAAAGAGUGUAAAAAUGGAUGUAAAAGUGACGACACUUGCAUGCUUGAUGAAUACUGCUGCAUGUCAACAAGAGUUGGCAAGAAAGGUUGUCGAUCAGAUGAUAGAUGCACUGUAAAUCACAAACAAUAUUGCUCAUGUUUUGAAGGAACUAGUCCAACUAAAGGAAUCGGAUGUACAAUAGCAAAUGAUCCAAAAGAUUCCAACUGGAAAGAAUGUGAAGCAUAUUGCGGUGAAAAUUCGUCCUGUGAAGUUAAAGACAAUAAUCUUUACUGUUACUGCGCACAUGAUUUGGAUAAGAAUCCAUUCAUCAAAUGUUCUCCAGACACAGAUGCCGAGAAGCCAACUGAUGAAUUUAUGAUAUCAGCUUCAUGCAUAGCUAGAUUGUGUGUUGGAUAAGAAUUAAAGUUUAAUCUCCCACUCUUUCUAAGC